AUUCGAAAUGCUCUUAUUAGAACUAAAAAACCACACACAGAUCCCUAUGGAGUGCAGGGGUGCUCCCCAGCAUCGCAUCCUCAAAUUCGUUCUUUUUGUUUUACCAGUAGUAGUUUAAAGGGUCCAGUUUUCUUCUCUCAUUACAACUAGGAGAGAGAGAGAGAGAGAGAGAGAGAGAUUUUGUGGGGGAUGCGCAUAGAUUGAAGAGCUCUUGGCUUGUGGGUAUGUAUUUCUUCCAUCACUGCUCUACUGCUACACUUAAAAAAAAAAAAAAAAAAAACCAAACUACUCCUAAUUUUCGAAAUGAUUACUACUCCAUUUUUAAUUUCUCCCCAAUCAUUGACUUGCCUUGAAAUACAGGGAACUCCUGAAAGAAAAAAAUAAAGCAAGAGAGAGAGAGAGAGAGAGAGAGAGAGAGAGAGAAGAUGAAGUCUAUGAACGAAAACAACAACAGUGGAAGCAACAGCAACAAUAACCACAACUGGUUGGGUUUCUCACUCUCACCCCACAUGAAAAUGGAAGCUACCACUUCCCCUGCUUCUGCCAACAAUCCAACCUCCUUCUACCUUUCAACCCCUCCACACCUAAAUCCUUCCCAAAUCUGCUAUGGUGUUGGACAAAACAGUACUUUCAACACGCCCUUGUCUGUCAUGCCGCUCAAGUCAGAUGGUUCUCUCUGUUUAAUGGAAGCUCUCCGUAGAUCCCACCAACAAGGGAUACUGCCAAAUUCCUCCCCAAAGCUUGAAGAUUUCUUAGGUAAUGCAACAAUGGCAGCACACCAGUACAACACCCAGGAGAGAGAAGCAAUGGCUCUCACACUAGACAGCAUGUACGACUCUUACCACCAAAAUGCAGGCCAAGAAAUUGAAGCUCAAGUUCAACCCAACAACCCCUAUUACAAUGGACUGACGUUCAAUGGAAUGUACAAUACUCCAUUAAUAGAACAAACCAAGGGGUCCCACCUUGAAAACUGUGAUGCCCAGAUCCCCAACUGGUUUUCCGGCCAGUAUUCCGACCACCAUGGCACGGCGGACGGCGGCGGGGGUUCUGGGUCUGGCGGCGGCGGCGGCGGCGUAGUGGGUUGUGGGGAUUUACAGUCUUUGAGCCUGUCUAUGAGUCCGGGUUCUCAGUCAAGUUGCGUUACAGCUUGUAGACAGAUUUCACCCAGUGGUGGAAAUGAAUGUGUGGGUUUGGAAACAAAGAAGAGAGGGUGUGGUGGUAUUGUGGCAGCUGCUCAAAAGCAACCUGUCCAUAGGAAGUCUAUUGAUACAUUUGGGCAGAGGACUUCUCAGUAUAGGGGUGUCACAAGGCACAGGUGGACAGGUAGAUAUGAAGCCCAUUUAUGGGACAAUAGCUGCAAGAAGGAAGGACAGACCAGGAAAGGGAGGCAAGUCUAUCUGGGGGGUUAUGAUAUGGAAGAGAAAGCUGCCAGGGCUUAUGAUCUUGCCGCGCUGAAAUACUGGGGAUCCUCAACUCAUAUCAAUUUCCCGGUGGAGAAUUACCAUCAAGAACUUGAGGACAUGAAGAACAUGACCCGCCAAGAAUUCGUAGCUCACUUAAGAAGGAAAAGCAGUGGAUUCUCGAGGGGGGCUUCGAUGUACAGAGGAGUGACGAGGCAUCAUCAACAUGGAAGAUGGCAAGCUCGGAUCGGUAGAGUCGCAGGAAACAAGGAUCUUUAUCUUGGAACAUUCAGCACUCAAGAGGAAGCAGCCGAAGCAUACGAUGUGGCAGCCAUCAAGUUCCGCGGUGCAAACGCAGUCACAAACUUCGACAUAUCACGGUACGACGUGGAAAAGAUCAUGGCAAGCGACACUCUACUUGCUGGAGACCUCGCCAAGCGAAGCAAAGACAGGGAACCGAGAAGCCACAACAACUUGGAGCUUGUCCAAGCAGCAAACAUCGGUUCGGAUUGGAAAAUGGUGAUGUGCGAAUCCCCACACCAGCAACAACAACAAAAUGCCCGCGUGGGUAUUGGGAAUUACCGGACCCCCAACUCGUACGCAAUGGCGUUGCAAGAUCUGAUUGGGAUCGACUCGGUCAACGACAAUCCAUCUUCCUUGGUCACUAGCCUGAGUAGCUCAAGAGAAGCUAGUCCAGAGAACAAGACAAAGUUCAUAAGCCCAAGUACUAGUACUAGCUCUCCCACUGUCAGUUCUUGGAUUCCAUUUCCAUCAGCACCUCUGAUUAGGGCUGCUCCAAUCAACUCCAUGGCUCAGUUUCCUGUUUUUGCUGCUUGGAAUGAAUGAAUUCCCUAAAGGCUCUCUAUCCUAUGUGUUUGUCACAUAAAGUUUUUGCAUGAACAAGAAAGGAAAAGAAAAGAAAAUUGGUGUUUGGAGGGGUGAAAAAGUUAGAAGUAGGAUUUUUACCUAAGUUUAUUUAAAGAAAGUGGGGGUUGGAACUAAUGGAAGACAGGUUUGGGGACCCAGUUAUCUGUCUGUAACCCAAGUGUUGGAAACUUUUUUCUGGACCCUUUUGGAUCAUAUUGGAAUCAAGUUUUUGCAAAA